UGCUUCCUCAAGUCGUGACGCUUCCUCCCAUUUUUUUUCCCUCUUUGCCAGACGAUCCACGCCACAUCCCCUUUAAAGCCUUCACUCCGCAGCCACAUGUUGCUGCUGCAGGUUCAUUCAUCCACAGAGUGAGCAGCGGUGCAUGUGGCAGCUGCGUCUCCGUCGCCAGCCACCUGUGGAAGCGUCACAAAGAGAGAGAAGGAGAACAAAAAGAGGCGCAGUGAGAGAGAGGUCGCCAAAGAGCAACAGGAGGAGGACGGGAAGGUAUCUGACAAGUGGCUGCGGGAGAGACUCUGCACAUCCAGAUGACAGAAGGAUCCUAGACUGACACCAUGCCUGGACUGAUCAACAAAGAGAACCGGGGCGCUUUGCCUCUCAGCGUCUCUGACAUCACUUCCUGCGUCAGAGGCUACACUCUGGCGAUGACGGCAUCUCUGACUUACGAAAACAUCGAGGAUCACGCUAUCGAAGGGAUCUUCAUUUAUCCCCUGGAGGAAAAUUCCAUUGUUGUGGGCUUCGAGGCAAUGAUCUCCACUCAGAUUAUCACACUGCAGAUCAAAGACAAGGGCAAAAUUGAUGACUGCAAUCUGGACUGCUGCAACUCAUCCAACGGGGCCCUGCAGACAGGAACAGGACACGUGGUCAUGGACGAAGACCUGGAGAGGACCGUGUUGGUGGUGAACCUGGGAAUCAUCCCCCCGAUGGAGACGGUUCACAUCUUGGUCAGCACCUCCUCAGAACUCUGCACGCUGCCCAGUGGGAGCAUCAAAGUCUCCUCUCCGCCAGCGUGCACGCCUCGAGUCCAGAGGACCAUCAAUGAGGAGCAGGGGCUGCCCCCAAACUUCUCAAGGGUUCGGGAGAGAAACCUGUGCGCCUCCAGCCCUCACGACCCGUCCCCAUCUCAGCUGUGCCUGGCUUCUCUGCUGGAGGACGAGGCCAUUAACUCCAUGGACUACGAGUUUAAUUUCCAGCUGGAGAUCCGAGCUCCCUACCUCCUGGCAGGUGUUGAAAGUCCAUCUCAUGCGAUAAGGGCAGAUGCAGACCCUGAGGCUCGUUCUGCCACCAGUGUGGUGAUCACUCUGGCUGACAAGUACACCUACGACUGUCCAGUGGAGAUCCUCAUCUACCCCAGUGAGCCUCACCUUCCUCAUGUGCUGAUCGAGAACGGAGACAUGACCUUGGAGGAGUACGACGAGUUCCUUCAGGGACGCAGUGAUUUUAUCAAGGCCACCAAGAAAGACAGCAGCAAUGAGAGGAAGGUGGACGUGAUCCGCAGACGGCUCCACAAAGACGUCCUCCACAACCCUGUGGUCAUGCUGAACUUCUGCCCCGACCUCAAACCCAUCUCCUCAGACCUGAGAAAGGUGCACGGCGAGUUCAUCUUCCUCAUCGACCGCAGUGGCAGCAUGAGCGGCGUCAACAUCAACCGUGUGAAGGACGCGAUGGUGGUGAUUUUGAAGAGUCUUGUGCCCGGCUGCCUCUUCAACAUCGUUGGUUUUGGAUCGACGUUCAAAUCGCUUUUCACAGCCAGCCAGAACUACGAGGAGGAGGCCCUCGCUCUGGCGUGCGAAUAUAUACGGAAGAUUCGAGCCGACAUGGGCGGCACAAACGUUCUAGCGCCUCUGAACUGGAUCCUGAGGCAGCCCAUGUACAGCGGACACCCACGCCUGCUGUUCCUGCUGACAGACGGAGCCGUCAGCAACACCGGACGAGUCGUGGAGCUCAUCCGCAGUCACGCACGAUACAUCAGAUGCUUUACAUUCGGCAUUGGUCAGAACGCCUGCAGGAGGUUAGUUCAAGGCCUGGCCACAGUUUCCAGAGGAACAGCCGAGUUCCUGGCAGACGGAGAGCGACUGCAGCCCAAGAUGAUCAAGUCGCUGAAGAGAACCAUGUCCCCUGUCCUAAGUGACAUUUCCAUCGAGUGGCUUUUUCCAGAGACCAAAGAGGUGCUGCUGUCGCCUGUGGGCAACACUUUCCUGUUUCCAGGCGACAAUCUGAUUGGCUACAGCGUGGUGUGCGACAUCACCCGCUACCACGCCAACCCCAAAUCAGAGAAGAGAAGACGCUACAGCAUGAUGCGCUCUGUGGAGUCUGCCAGCUCUGUCUUCUACCACUCUCAAGAAGAAGAGCUGGGGAGGAUGGUGCUGGACAGUCAGGGGUCCAACAGAGAAUCGCCAUUUGGUGCGCAGCACGACUCCUCCCAGGAGCUAGACUCUGGAGGCUUCGACAGCAAGACCUCUCCAAGAAGACGAGCGUACAGCACCAAUCAGAUAGCAGACUACAACCCAGCCAAAAAGGCGUUCACUCCCAGUGACCCCAACUCGGUCAUGGCCAAGAACCCCCUGAGGCGAGCCAAAGCUCAGGAGCUGAUUGGACAAAUGAGCCCUGAGCAUGAGGCACAGUGGAAGAAAGACUUUCAGCCGCAGGUUGCCAGUCUCUGUGCCUCGUCAUCCAAAGCACGUCCCUCCAGUGUCCAGCGGCCGCUGCCUCACCAGCAGGAGGUCGACCCAGAGGUCCAGAUCCAUCCACAGCUGCAGGACAAUCCUUCACCCGGUGGCAAUAUUGCCUCGCCUGCAGCUCGUAACACCGCCGGUGAGGAUGGAUCCAGAUCAUCCACUGACAGUCACUCGGCCGGAAGCUUUGGAGAUUCUGAUGGAUACAGCCACCAGCUAGUCCAGGCAGAAACCCCACAGGAGAUCCAGACCUUGGAUCCUGGGGUAGCCAGCGAGAAAGGUGGCGACUGCAAGGCCGUGGUGUCUGGACUGCUAUGUGGAAAGCUGGUAAAGUGGGAGGUCGUCUUUGACAUCAAGCCAUUCCUGCACGGCCGUGAACGUGAGGAGAAGGUUCAUGAGGAGUUGUGGAAUGAAACCUUUCAUCACCUGGCCGGAUGCUCCAUCAUAAGGGAUUUCGAGCAUAUGGCCCAUAAAGAGAGCGAGAUUGAGCACGGCUCAGGCAGGAGGUACCAGCAGUACGCCAUUCACACCAGCAAGGGCUGCAACAUCCUCAGCAAAUACACAGCCCUCGUUCCCAUCGACCUGGACACUAACGAGUACCUGCAGACGUGCAUUGAAUACAUCAACCACGGCGAUGAAGCGAAAAGAAGCUCAAAGCCUGGCUCUCGAGCAGGAAGCAGAAAGAACAGAGGAUACUCGAUUGGACUGGGCCGAUCUCAGUCUGGGGGGGUGUCGGAGGAGGCAGAGGAAGUCCAGCCGCCAAACAGUGCCGAGGACGGCGCCUCACCGUGCAGCACCCCAUCCUCCUCAGGCUGGGAGAGAUGCAGCUUCACGGAGGUUUCUCAGAGAAGUCCAUCUGUGACCUCUGACCAGUCGGUGAAAUCAGUGGAGAGCCUGUUCUCAGCACGGCUUGCCCUCAGCAGAACCCGCCUCCUGACUCGAGCUGCCAAAGGAUUCAUGUGUCGAUCUCACAGCAAGUCAGGAGAUUCGAUCGGAGAGAGUGACAACGAGAACAAAGACUACAUCCCUCUGGUGCUGUUACAGUUGGCGAGUGGCGCCUUCCCUCUUGACACGGCGCUUUGCGAGGCCAUUAAUGUCCCAAUGGAGAAGUUAAAGUGGACAUCGCCUUUCAACAGCCACCGCACCAGUCUGAGCCAUCCGUCCAGCAGCCGUCGGGCAGAGGGUGGUGAUGAAGGGGCCAAAUUCCCACACGAGAAGGAAGCAACUUGGCAACCUACAGAGAGCAACCAGAGCCCUGCUCACAAGACCUCGUGGGUGGACGCUGGAUCUCCCUUACCUUCAGCUGCCGACAGCCCUCUCUCGCCGAGCUCCCAGAUGGACAGCCGCCGGAGCUCUGGCUCAGGAGAAACAGUCACAUCUUCUUCACCUGCUGGUGUUUGGAAGCGGGUCCUCAACCCAGAGAGCAUGGUGUGGGCCACAGCUGUGGCCCUGGCUUGGCUGGAGCACAGCUCCGCCAGCUACUUCAUCGAGUGGGAACUGGUAGCAGCCAAGGCCAGCAUGUGGCUGAGCGUGCAGGACAUCCCGGAAGGUCGUGAUUUAGCCUCCAUCAAAGCCGCUGCAAACCAGCUCUUCAUCAUCCUCAGACACUGGGAGGAGAACCUGCAACUGAACAUGCUGUGCUACAACCCGAACAGCGUCUGAGACGUCCGACCUGAUCUAUGCUCCACGAGGCCACGGCCCUCCACUCUGCGUUCAGUAUGUUCUCUGGGUUUUGUUUUGAUGUGAACAAUGUGUGAUGUCCUCUGUUGCCGUGCAAUUUCUCCAAACAUAUCACAGGCUCUUUGAAGGCGAUUUGUAAAAGCCAUUACCUCGCCGGUGCCAAAAACUGUAGCGCAACCCAAGUGAGUUGAAGAUCCAUUCUGAUUUCAGGGUUCCUGCCCCAGCUCUAUUGAGCGAGUCAAGUCAAGACAAGACAUUGUAGCAAGUGAAGGAGACGUAUGUAACAUGGGUGCAGUACUGAUGAUGGCUUAAAAAAUAUUGUGUGAACUUUGGAUUGGAUGGAAUUGCUCUUUGAAUGAAGAGCACCACAAAUAAGAGUGAGAAAUGUCAGAAAGCACAUGUGGCCCUGAGCUGUGAGUCGAGGCUGCGGCAGAGACCCUAAAAUCAGACCUGCAGAGUGUAAAUUCGUAGCAUGCUUGACUACUGUUCCCUCCUGUUUUACGUGGCUGGAAAAUGUCAACCUUAAACCAUUAUGGGGGAAAAAAAGUUGACAUUUACUGAUGUUUGUAUCGUGCAAAAGAGAAACGCAUCCAGGUAUGUCCUCUCAGUGCUGGCAGAUGUUUCCGACGCCACGGUCAGUGUUGUUGAUAUUUGAAAAUAUGCAAAACUUGAUUGUCUUAAUGCCUCAGUAUGACCACACUUUGAUUCACAGUCAACCGUCUGUCACUUCCAGCUGCUGCUCCUUCAUUUCUAACAACUGAUUUUCAUACACCCUGCUAUUAUUCACAGUGCAAGCUGCCUCUUCAUAUUUAGUCAGUGGACUACAGACGAACAGCCAACAAAAGACGUCGAACAUUGCCCUGACUGAAGUUAUUCACUUUGAACCACCUCGCAAUGGUUCAUGCUCAACACUGAAUUUGAAGAGCGCGUGGACCGGUCCCGGGUCCUGGUGCCGACGCCAAUUCUCCUGAACACAGAUCAUUAGCCACAAGUGCCUCACUGGGGUUUAACUCCAGCAGAGUGUCUGCCCAUGUUCAGUUUGACAUGUUCCUCCCUUCUUUUCUGGCACGAGCAGUACAUAUUGGCUUCACUCAGGUAUUCAUGGGGAUUAUUUGACUCUCAUCCGCUCUUCUGCAUGAGUGUCCCUUGUCACUUCGGAGGUGUUGUGGUCCAACUUUGUGCGGUUUGGUCGCAGUCCUGCUGUGUUUUCUCCGUCCAGUCCAGUAACCUGCUGUGUGUGCCUUCAUGACAGUCGAGCAGUUUCUAUGGUGUCGUCCUAACUGUUGAUGCU